AUGUCACUGGCAACUUCGACAGUGAAAAAUACUCUCACAUCUGAUCCGGACACUUAUCGAACUGUCCCAGAGUUACUUUUAUCCCGUGGAUUCUCAUGUGAUAAUCAUUAUGUGACCACUAAGGACGGAACAAUACUUCAUCUUUUUCGGAUAAAAAGUCACUUCGCUCAGGCCACUUUAGGAAAUAACAGUCUACAUCCCGUCUUCCUUCAACAUGGUUUCGCUCUGUCAGCGUCCAGUUGGCUUAUUAACUCUCCUGGUGAAAAUGUAGCUCCAUGGGUUAAUAAGCAUAAGCCUUUGGUCACUGGUAACAAUUUAGCCACGUUUUUAGCUAAUCAAGGUUACGAUGUUUGGCUAGGCAACAAUAGAGGUAAUCAGUAUUCAACUAAUCACACUGAUAUGGACGCUGCUCAUGAUGACAGAUUUUGGAAAUUCUCAUUUGAUGAACAUGUAGAAGAAGAUGCUCCAGCCAUGAUUGAUUAUAUUCUUAACAUUACCGGUAAAGGUAAAUGGUGA